CACUUACAAAGUGCCUCCCCUCCCUCGCACGAAACGUAGGAAAUUCCUUCAAGCUUUGUCCUCAUAGCACUCCCGUUACGAGUCUACAACGAGUCGACGACAUACUACCACUUCAUAGCCCCAAUUUACAGAUAUAAACUACUCGAUAUCAACAUGUCGGCUCAUUCACCGUUAGAGGACAUUUGCGAUAACAGCCCCUGCAUGGGUAGGCGAGUGCAAGUCGCCAUCCUGCAGAGCCAGUUGAAGAUUGAACAAGAGGCGUUUGCUGAGUUUCGACAAAGCACCCAAGAACUUGAAAGUAGUUUGAAGAAGCAGCAAGCCGUAAGCGACCGUGCCCUCAGCGCCACGAAAGCAGAGCUCAACGCCGUCCGCGCCGAUUUUGAGGCGACCAAAGCGCUGCAUGCGGAAAUGACCGAAGUACGGGAAUUCUUCCAAGCCGAAGCAGCGCGGUUUCGCCAGACGAUGGAGGAGCAGGUCAUCCAGUUCCGCUCGAUGGUGGCGGCGGAAAUCGGACACUUGCAGACCAAAUUCGAAACUCAAGAAAAGACUCUGGCGUACCUAUCCACCACGGUAACCAAGAACCUCGAGAAAUUCCAUCAAGAGCUGCAGAGUACACCGGACAGUCGCCCAAGAUCAACUUUAGGCGGUCCAACGGUCCUCCCCGCACUCCCGCGCAGAAGCAUGUCACACGGCUCGCUCGCCACGACCUGCCCAACCAUGCUCAUGCUUCGCUCCUACGGGGCCGCCUCAAUGAGCCGCAGCAGCUCGGCCGCCAAAAUCUCAGAUCAAAUCGCACAGGACAAAGAUCUGACGGAAAACUACCCUCUCAAAGCCUCCGCCGGCGAGCCCGCGUCGCGGGGAAGCAGCAGCUCAAGCACGCACGAACGAGCCAUCGAACGCCCGGGCGACGCACGUAACACCCUCGCGGUAGCAGCCGAACCAGAAACGUCCGCACUCCCCACCGAACACGCCCCGUCGACGCCCCUCACCCCCGUCGCCCCCGCCAGCCCCGGCCCCUUCAAGAAGAACCUCAAGCGCAUCCUGACCAUCGGAGGCAAGAACAGGUCGGUGGGCCGGUCGCUGACCAAGCUCCGGAAGGCCGUCAUGACCUCCGUCCAUUCUCUCACUGUGUGAGGGGCGGGGCGGCGGAUAUCCGUGGGAUGCAUUUAUGGGGAGGAGUUUUGGGACGUGGGAGGGUUACGGAGGGUGGGAUUAGUAUGUACAUCACGAAGGAAGUGAGGUGAAGGAAAAGUGACGAUGUGAGAGGAGGUCAAGUGUGGUGUGGACAGCGUACGGGGUUGAACCGGUUUUGUCAAAUACUUACAAGUCGGGAAGCGUGAGAAUGAGUCGGACUCCUGAAGAAAAUGGGUUUUAUGAGCGAUACUCAAAACGUAGUGGUUCGGGCAUGGAUCACAAUGUGGUGUUUAGACUCGAAUAGAAAUACCGUGUUGUGUUCUUGAUCAUUCGGGCCUGUUUCCCUACGCAGAAUAUGUACAUCGCACCAGGUGACAAACAAAGCUAGCACUGUGUUG